CGAAUUGGUUUGGCCAGUAACCGAAAGUCAGUUCACGUGUGAACAGCUUCUUCAUUCCGCUGCUGUGUUGCAACAGUGACGUUUCGAGUUAGUGCCCGUCAAUAUCAAAGGUCAAACAUUGUAGGAGAUCAUAAGUUUUGCCACUUUUUAGGCAAUGUAAUAAUAUUCAAAAUAAACAAGCAAGUGACAUAUUUUUGAAUUCAAUGUGCAAAAAGUAACGUUUCAUAAAGUGAUAAAAGUGUUUCCACCAAGGUCCACGUGUGCAUACUGAAAGCGUUACAAGAGUUGAGGCGCAAAAGUGCACACGCAACAUUCCACUUGUCACGCGUAGUGCGGCAUUCUGUCGUCGAUCGUCAGCGAUCGUGCCAAGAAAAGGCACUCAUACGCACUUUGUGAUCGUCCCUCCGUGCGAUCCCUUUCGAGGGAACAACACAAACAGCAUCGUGAAGGGAACUCACCCACACAACAGUUCUUCUUCUUGAUCCCGAAUAGCAAUAAGAGUGGCAGCAUAAUCGCAUCGCAAUCGCAGCACUGCAGACGACGGUGUGUGAAAAUGAAAAUAAAACUAUCAAAACAGUACGAAAUGAAAUUUUGUUGAGUGAGGACGAAAAAGUUUGCCCCUCUCCGCGCGAAGAGAUACAGUGUGUGAGCCCCAGAACAGCGGUGGGCGCGAGCGUGGUGCACGCACACAGGAAGUGCAACGGUCAAAGCGAAACUGUGCGGCGGAAAAGUGAGCAAGAAGUCAAGUGCGAGUGGAGAAGAAAAUGAACAUGUGAAGGGCGAAUAGCUGCAAAAAAAACUUCUGUAAAUUUAUAUUUGGGAACAAACUGAUAAACUAAGUGAUAAAUAGUAAAGAAGAAAACAAACUGAACAAAUGACGAAAGUGUAACCUGUUAACAAAAAAAAUCAAACUAAUUGAAAUAAGUAGUGCACGCUUAAUUAGCAAAAUUAUUUAAACAGUUAGAAAAUUCCCUCGCACAGCAAAAUUUUGGAUUUAUAUUAAAAUCGAUCCUUGAGAAAAAAACACCUCAUUGCUUUACAAUAAUUGUUUCGGACCCGCUGUGUUUGAGGUAGUCAAAAUUUAUAAAUUGCUCAAUCCAUCUAAUUCUGAAAGCAAAACGAAUUACUGGACACACAAGUCAAAAUUUCUACAAAAGUGUGUUCAACCAAACUGAAGAAAAUUAACGAAUUGUAAUAAUGAUCCACUGCCUGGCUGAAGCUGUGAUCCUGAAGCAAUACGUCUGACAAGCUAAUUAGCAAUCUACAACCGUUUGAAAUAAGCCAACCUAACCCAAGGACUAUUAUUCAUCAUGGGUGGUAACGAGGCACAAACCUACUGUCUACGAUGGAAUAACCACAAGUCCAACCUGGUCGAGAUUCUCGAUGCGCUCAUCAAGAUGGAAUGCUACGUCGACUGUACGAUCUACGUCGACGAGCAGAUUCAAUUCAAAGCGCAUCGCGUUGUUUUGGCGGCCAACUCGCCGUAUUUCCAAGCCAUUCUGCAGGACGUUCCCAUGGACCACUGCACCAUUUUGUUUCCAGGAGUACAGGAGUUCGAAAUGCGAGCACUUCUCGAAUACAUGUAUACUGGGGAAGUGAAUGUUACACAGGCCCAGAUUCCGCGGAUUAUGAAAAUUGCCGAACAGCUCGAAGUCAAAGGCCUGUUCGAUAUGGCCGAUAUCAGAGGAAGAUUCGAGAAUAUGGUUGUUGAGCAUGAACGUGAUCGAGAGGAACCAUACGUAAGCAAUAAUAACUACAGUACGAAACCGCAACCUCCACCAUGUAGCAAUCAAGAGUCACCGCCAGUAAUUUCUACAUCUACCAACGUUUCCAUUGCUCAAAGCAGUAGUUCAUCACCGCCGUAUACCUACAAAUCGCCUUAUACAAGCUUGUAUAAUCGUACCAGUCCAACAGCGAUUGAAACAGAAAAGGACCGUGAUCGCGACCGUGACCGUGAACGAGACCGAGAGCGAGAACGAGAACGCGAGUAUGAAGAACGCGAACGUCGUGAUUCAUUGUCCUAUUCUCGCCCUCCUCCACAUCCAGCAUACCCACACUCGAACGAACCGUCGCUAGAUGAACAACCGCAAACUUCAUCCUCCUCAAUCCCCCAUCCAUCGCAGAGUCUUCGGUGGUCUAUGCCCGGUCAAAUUCCAGUUACCAUGCACCAGCCCCCGCAACUCCACAAUGUGCUCAGCUCAGUGUACGACUCCAGCUCCGAUAUGAACCCACUCAAACGCAAGAAGCUCCAGUCCAUGACCACCAUGCUGCGGGACACACCGAUCCUAAGGAACGUUCUUGCACAACCGAAUGCUGCUGAUUCCUCGCAAACUCCACCCUCGCCAUUAGGAAUGGUACAGCUUCCGGGACUGAAAUCGGAAGCAGUCGGCACUGCCAACCUUUCCGGACACCAUCGUUCUUCGGAACUUGCCAUCAGUCAUCACUCCAACGGCGGCGGAUACAAGCACAUAAAAGAGCCACUAUCCCCAUAUGGUGAUAAAUCGUACGAUGAUGAUGCCAUGCUGGAACCCCGCCUAAACUACAGUGCCGAUGAUGCACGCCUAGCGUCCUACGUCCCGCACCAACAGCAGAAACCCGAAUGGAAGCGAUACAAACAGUACACCCGAACCGACAUCCUGAACGCGAUCGAAUGUGUCCGCAAAGGUAUGAGCGCGCUCCAGGCGUCCCGCAAGUUUGGGGUUCCUUCGCGAACGCUCUACGAUAAGGUAAAGAAGCUCGGAAUCACAACCGGGCGACCAAUGAACCGGACGAUAAAACGAAGUCCAAGUUCCGGUGGAAGCCCGGCACCAUUCCCAUACGGUCUGAGCGGGGCAUCGCACAUGUUUGGUCCGGGUCAUCCGGGAGACCCACAAAUGCCAUCACAAUCUCAAAUGCAGCAUGCCGAUGACGACAAAGCCAGAAUGAUGAAUCACGCUGGUCAUCAUUUACCACACCCAGCUGCAGCCCUUCUCGAUCCUUCGUUCCUUCAACAGGCUUUGGAGGCACGUGGCGGGGAAGCGCUUCAAGCUAUGGCGUUCGCUGCAGCAGCACAUGCUGCUGUAAACGGAAUCAACACCACCCCAACAACGCAUGGUUCCAAUCGUUCACCUAGUCCAAACGUUUUGAUGAAGUACAUGCGUUCGGUGUCGAUGAGUUCCCCGGAGGAUCGUGAGGUGCCUCGUGAACCGAGCGAAGGCGACCGUCACCCCCACAGCAACGGCUCCGAAGGUUACGAACGGCUGGAACGCAGGCCUAGUGAGCAUAAAGAUCUCAGAGACGUGAGCGGCAGUACCGAUGAUAUCGUGGAGGAUCUGUCGAUGGCAAGGCGCGAGCACGACUCGGAUCGUGGAUCAGUGUCACCACCUCCCAUGCCACCGAGUCACAUGCAACCUCAGCAUAUCCCGCAGCAUCACAUUUCCCAUUCCGUGUCACAGCCUCCGCCUCCUCCACCACCGUCGAUGAUGCCGCCUCAGCAGCAGGGUGUAAUCGUCCCGGCUCCGAGCAAACUCAAAGAUGAUUAUUCGAUCAAGCGAGAAAUGAUGACCGAGCCGAACAACGCACCACCAAUGGAAUCCUCGUAAGAAUUUAUGGUUUUGUUUUCAUUUUUUUCAUUCGUUUCUUCCAUUUCAUAGUUUGGCAAUCUAUUGCCAUGCUGCUCUGAAGAAGCGUUGAAAUUUCUUUUCGUACUAUUGUGUUUCCUUACAAAACAAAAACAUCUGAACAUUGAACUUUUCUAACAUCUAAAGGAAUGAAAACUAGUUCCCUUCGUUACCAAUACGGUUAUGAAACAUAUUUUUUUAAACGUGUAAAGAGAAAAGUAAACAAAAGACAUUUACAAAAAGCUCAAUUAGAGGGAAGUGUAUUGGAUUGGUAUGAAUGGGAGAAUUAUUUGUUUAACUGUAAUACGGAACAAUACUAACUACCAAGCCGCGCAACAUAAGUUACCUUGAAAUAACCUGAUAAAGCAAUCCCACCUAUUAUUGUUUACAUUAGAAUAAUGCUGUAUUUUUUAUAUCUUCUAGGAUGUCUUGAAUAGUCAAUGGUUAUUAUUUAUAGUGACAGAAAACGAAUCUAUUAGUUUAAUUUUCACUAAUAUUGGCGGGAGAUAUGUUGACAAAUUUUGAAGAAAUUGUUUUCUUACGUUCUACACUGUUCAUUAUAGUUGAACUACAUCCAUCAACUGUUUGUUUUUGAAAAACGAAUUUGAUUUUCAAUGACUUUUAGUCCAGGGAAAUGUUUUUUUUUUCUUUAUGGCUCUUUAUUCUUGUGAGAACUGAGUCUACCGUUCAACUGAGUGCUCCUAAAAGCAUUCCCAAUUUUCUUAUUUUAAUACUUACUAUGCCAAGCAUUACAUGAAUUCGAAUCACUGUCUCCGGAUUGGCAAUCCAACCCAUUCUUCAGUUUUGGUACCCCAUGGUUAUUGAUUGUUCGAAAUAUAAUUUUGUAUCUAACACAAAAUUUCGAACAGAAACAAAACACAUCGUUAAUUGAAUUCGAUAUUGUGUUCAUAUUUUACUAACGUGUAACCCACAUAGUGGGUAUUUUUGUGCGAAUUGAAUUCGGAUGUUUAGAACUUUAAAUAUACUGCGACGAAAGAAUUGUAAUUCGUAUCAUUAUUAACAAAAAGCUUUCCAGGUUCCAAGUAAUAACUUAAAUUCAAUGAUUUCGCAUGUCCCUCUCUCUCUUUAACUUUGAUGUAAAUUGUGUUGAACAUUGAAUAUAAUUUCUUUAAAUUUUAAUGUCAGUGUCAAACGCCAGAAUUAUUUUUUUUUCAAAAAUACAAAAACCUCUACAAAAUAAUCAGCAAACAGAUAAUGCAAUAGACUGAACUAGAAUACUAACAGCGAAACCCACUAUUGAGACCAUUUUCAAAACUUUCAGACAACUAGCGUAUAUUACCGAGUGCAAUAAAUCAAUUUGUUUAAAACUUUUCACAGAAACUCUUAUUUUGCUUUAAUAAACUAUUAUAAUUGUAAAUUAUUAAUUUUCUAUCAUAUCAGCAUGCGUAUUUGUUUGUAUUUAAUUUCUUUUUUUUUACAAAAAUUAACAUUUUAUUUCUGUACUAUAGCACGUUACGAAAAAACGGAGAGAAGAAAUCAUAUCAGGUUCCGUACUAGACAGUAAUUUUCACAAGUUUUGUUUCAUUUGAUUAUUAAAUUGGAUUGAAACAAAACAAUGGGAUCCCAUUGAAGCAAAGAUUGUAAAUAUCUCUAAAAGCGGAAAUCCUUGUUAUACGUUAGUUAAGCCUGCGUUAACGCACUCACAAAUGUAGAAGCAAACACUUUAAAGAAAAAUCAAAGUCUGUACUAUUACUUUAGGAAGUAUCCUUCAUUAUAUCCUUAGGUCGAAAAAAACUUUUUUUAGGCCCAGAGCUAAGCAAAAUCUUUGUUAUGCAACUAUCACCAACGAGUGCCUAUGGAACGAAAACUCCUGUUUAUAUAUACAUAUUUAUGUUCAAUGCCAAGACAUUCGGACUACACAAGGAUUGUUAAUUUGUGAAGCCAUAUCUCAAUCGGAAUGUAAAGCAAAAAAUCAAGAAAUCGAACAUUAUUAAUGGUAACUGAAGCAUAGCUCUAAGAAUUAAUUGAUACCUGUGUUGUUAGACCUAGAUGUGAAAAAAAUCAAUUGAAAGAAGCAACCUAUUAGCAAAAAAUAUCUGGAAUUCUUCGUAGCAUUAAUGUGUUUAGUGAAUAAUUGCAAGAAAUGCCAUAUUUGAUUAGUUUUGUAGACUGCAAAGAGGAAGCAUAUGGAAGAAAUUAAUACAUUUUUCUUUUCAAUGUAAAACAAGACUGAAUAAACAAAAAUUUGUUAUUAACUGAAAAUAGUGUACGAGAAAGGCAAAAAAUGAAUAGGAUCGAAGUAGGAAUGAACACUUAAAAUGGAUAAAAAUUAGAACCACAAACCAGCAAUGAAAAAAUGGAAUCUAUUAGCUCGAAUUGCUCAUUAGGUUGUAUCUUUGAUUCCGUACUUCGUCUCUUUCGUUAACUUUUUAUUUCGAAUAAAUUUCAAAGACUGAUUUAGACUUUUUCGCCUUUUUUGCACUAAUCGUUUACUAAGAUAUUUAUUCACUAUCAGAAGAUAUGAAGAAUAUGAAACUGGCAGCGCAAAGUUCUAUUAUGAUUUACAAAAAAAAGCUCACAUGUAGCAGAAUGGAUAGUUACAAAAAAUAGUGCUGGGGUGAUGCAAUACUACACGAGGAAAAUAACACCUACACUUGAAUAAAUCUGAAACCCUGCGGACCAUUGCGGAGGCCAGUAAUCGGAAAUGAGAAGUGAACCAGCGAUCAUUUCCACUAAUCAAAGGAAAAAUAUUAUUGUUAACGACUCGAAUUGAGGAUGUUUAGUUAAUUAUCGCGACUAUUUUGUAUAAGACUAAUUACGAGAGAAUGAAACCUAAUCACAACUGUUAGUGGUAAAAUGAAAUCAAAUAAUCAAAAGCAAGAAAAAAAUAAAACAAAAAAGUUCCAAACACAACAUAAUCGUUGCCUAGAUGUUAGUUUUAGUACUUGAGGCGGUUUGUCGCAUAGGACAAACCCCAUUAUGAGUGGUACACUGUACCAACAGGAGCAUGUCUAGAUGUGUAGUUUCAAUUUUGGUUUAAGUUACGCAAGUGAAAUGGGAGAUAAAAUAUGAUGAUAUGAGAUAUGAUCGAUGAUGAACCCAUACGGGAAAAGCGUAUGAUUUUAAAGGAAUUUUUCUUUUUGGAAAAAUAAAUGUAUUCUGUAGCUGAGAGAGAUACCAAUUAUUGGAUGGGUAAACUUUAUAUUGAAUGUAUAGAAAAGUGGACAUAAAAUAAAACACAUUAUAAAAUUAAA